CCGCCAGGGCCGGGCUGCGGGCGGGCCCGGGGCCGGGGCGGCGGGGACAGCGGCGGGCGCUCGGCAUGGCGCAGUACGCGAGGGGCGCCGCCGCCGUGGCCGUCAUCCGGCUCCGCAACCCGCCGGUCAACGCGCUGAGUUUGACUGUUCUCCAGGAGUUAGAAAAUGGACUGAAGAGAGCACAUGCAGAUCCUUCAGUGAAAGCUGUUACGAUUUGUGGUGAAAAUGGGAAAUUCAGUGCAGGAGCUGACAUUCGAGGGUUUUCUUCUCCAAAGACACGUGGUAUUGCUUUGGGCCCCAUUGUCUCUCUCAUAGAAAGAAGCGAGAAGCCUGUGGUGGCUGCCAUUGAAGGUGUUGCCUUAGGAGGAGGCCUGGAGGUGGCACUUGGCUGUCACUAUCGGAUUGCACAUGUGAAGGCACAGAUGGGUUUUCCAGAGGUCACCAUUGGGUUACUUCCAGGUGCUGAAGGCACUCAGCGACUACCCAGACUGAUUGGGGUACCAGCUGCUCUGGAUAUAAUCACUACAGGAAAGCACAUUCCAGCAACUGAAGCACUGAAGUUGGGCUUGGUUGAUGAAGUUGUGGAAGAAAACACAGUUGAGGCAGCAAUUCGCUUGGCAAACAAAGUGAUUGGCCAGCCACUGGGACCUCGCAGGCUCAGCCUGAAGCCAAUCCCAAAACUACCCAACAUGGAAGCAUUUCUCAGCAAGGCUCUUGUGAAGGUGAAGAAACAGGCCCAUGGGUGCUUGGCUCCAGAGCUGUGCUUCCAGGCAGUCAAAGCUGCCACAGAGCAGCCUUUUGUAGAUGGAGUCCGGAAGGAGCGAGAGCUGUUCAAUGUCCUGCUGACUUCAGGCCAGGCCCAAGCACUGCAGUAUGCUUUCUUCGCAGAGAGAGCAACACAGAAGUGGACAACACCCAGUGGAGCUUCAUGGAAAAGUGCUUCCCCUCAGCCCAUCCGCAAAGCAGCUGUGAUAGGGCUGGGAACAAUGGGCCGAGGCAUUGUGACUUCUCUGGUUAAAGCCAACAUACCUGUGGUAGCCCUGGAGCAGGAUCUGGAUUAUCUGAGCACGGGAAGAAAAGCUGUGAUGCUCCUUUUGGAACGUGAGGCUAUGAAAAUGGAGCCGGGUGCCCAGACUCUGGAUUUUCAUAACCCUGCACGUCUCCAGUUCACUGUGGACUUUGAUGUGUUGUGUGAUGUAGAUCUAGUCAUUGAAGCUGUGUUUGAGAACAUGGCACUAAAGAAGGAAAUAUUCCACAAGCUAUCAAGAAUCUGCAAGCCAGGGGCCUUUCUGUGUACAAACACAUCAGCCCUGGACAUCGAUGAAAUAGCUUCUGCCACGAGCCACCCGCAGCAGGUCAUUGGCACACACUUUUUCGCCCCUGCUCAUGUGAUGAGGCUACUGGAAAUAAUCUAUGGCCAUCACACAUCUGCCACUGCCAUUGCCACUGCUAUGCAGCUAGCCAAAGCACUGAAAAAAGUCGGAGUGGUGGUAGGGAAUUGUUUUGGGUUUGUUGGGAAUCGAAUGAUGUUUCCAUAUGUACAACAGGCAGUUUUCCUUGUAGAGGAAGGAAGCAGACCAGAAGCAGUAGAUCAGGUUCUUGAAGAUUUUGGGUUUAAGAUAGGACCUUUCCGAAUGUCUGAUCUUGCUGGGCUGGAUGUGGGCUGGAGGUCUCGAAAGGGGCAGGGUCUCACUGGGGCCUCGCUACCUGCAGGAACACCAGCCCGCCAGCGGCACGGCCAUCGCUACAGUCCGCUGCCGGAUCUUCUGUGUGAGAAUGGCAGGUUCGGCCAGAAAGCUGGGAAAGGAUGGUACCAGUACGAGAAGGCUGGGGGCAGGACAGCCAAGCCAGAUCCAUGGCUUCACAGCUUUCUGUCCCAGUACAGAGACACCCAUCGCAUCAAGACCCGCUUUAUAGAUCAGGAGGAAAUCCUGGAGCGGUGCUUGUUUUCCCUCAUCAACGAAGGGUUUGACAUCCUGGCUGAGGGAAUAGCAUCAGGCUCAGAACACCUGGAUGUAAUUUACAUCAAUGGCUAUGGGUGGCCAAAGCACAGGGGUGGCCCCAUGUUCUAUGCUUCCACCGUUGGGCUCCCUCGUGUUCUGGCUAAACUGCAGAAAUACUCCGAGGCCCACCCUGAUGUUCCGGGGCUACAGCCCCGUGCCUUUCUGAAAAAGCUGGUAGCUAUGGGGAACCCGCCCCUCAAAGAGUGGAUGUCCUACCUCAGCCAGCCAAGCAACAAGCUGUGAUUGCGCCGAUGCCUGCUAUAUACAUUUAAUGGAGGCUGAUUUCAUGAAACAGAUGCUGUAAUUGCGCUGUCUUUUCCUCACUGACUUUCCUUUGCAGAGAAUAACUUUGGCUGAUGAUGGAUCUCAGUCCCCCCCUUGCUGCAAGUAACCACUUCCAUCACCACCCUUCCUUCCCAGCACCAGCCUUCCCUGCCGCCUUUGCUCAUUGCUGUGUAAGGCCAUCACCUCUGCCUUCAGAUCUUCACAGCUGUACUUCUCUUCCAGUCUGUCUUUGUGGGAGGGAGGAGCAGCAUCCACAGCCCACAAAGGAAAUCAUGGUGGGGGCCAACAGAGAGAUGAUCACAAUUCACUCAAGACCAGCUGGAUCUACCAGACCUGCCUUAAAAUCUAUUUCCCAGUUUGUUCAGGCUUUUCCUGUGCAGCCCACCUCCACUGGGCUCCCUGGCCCUCCCGACGACGGCCAGCUGGAGCCUGCUCCCUUCCUGCUACUCGGGAGGGGUGGCACAAGGGGUGCAGCACCUUUCAGAGGUAAAGUCAAAUGAAUUGGAGAGGGCAGGUAUGAGCAGACAGCGGGGGGCAGGGCUGGUACUGCCCCUCCUCCCUGCUGCAGAGAAGAUUCUAAUGAGUGACACAAAAGCUACAAAUACAUCCACCUGACUAACCUGCCCUGCAGUGCUGGCUCAUGACUGGCCUUCUGCAUCCAGACGCUAUCCUCCGUUACCAUUAUCCCCACCCAGCUUUGUCCAAGUAGAAACAUCUUCUGGCAUCAUGAAGUGUGGGGGGGUGUCGCCGUCACACCCCCUACCUUGCCUGCUACCAGGUCUUGGGGCUCAACAUGCUCUAAUCGACUAGAUUGAAACUGGCACUUAGUGGGUUUUCAGACGAGCAGAGGGCACAGUGAGAAGUGCAUGUGUGCAGGCAGGAACAUAGCUACAGGCAGGCAGGGAGGUGGCAGAUCUCUAGAAGAGAGCAGAGCAGGGGAGAGCGAACCAAACCUGCUCCAGGCUUGAUGCUCUGGGCCAAAGUCUCCCAUUUCUUGUGUCUAGUGAUUGUAUCUUCUGGUCUGGUGUAGGGAAUAGGUUGGUCUGGGUUUCCUUCUCAGGGACAUUGGAUGUCUUAAGUUUUACUUUUUAUUUUAAUAAAACUGCUUUGAUUAUCUAA